AGCGCUGACGGCAGGAGCGCGCGGAGGGGCGACCGCUGUCCGGAGGGGCGCGUGAUGGCUGUGGACGCAGCUUCUAGCUUCCGCUUCUGCCGUGGUGUCCUGGAGCACACGGUGUCGGCGGAGGAUUUGGGCCACCGGCUGCUCAGACCCCUACCAGCUGCUCGGGGCUGGCCAGAGGGAUACGGGCGGAGGGCUGUGAAACUGCUACAGCGACCAGGGACCGACACCCGACAGUUAUUGCCGGGCGACGCCUUCGCCGUGUUCCACCCCAGCCCAUCGCUGGCCUGCGUGCCCAAACCCGUGGUGCUGUGGACGCUGCAGGACGUCUGCCGCUGGCUGAAGAAGAACUGCCCACACAACUACCUGACCUGCGUGGAAGCUUUCUCGCACCACGCCAUCACAGGGCGCGCUCUGCUGCGGCUCAACGGCGAGAAGUUGGAGCGCAUGGGCAUCCAGCAGGAGGCACUGCGUCAGGACGUGCUCCAGCAGGUGCUGCGGCUGCAGGUGCGAGAGGAGGUGCGCAACCUGCAGCUCCUCAGCCGAGCUUCCUACGGAUACCUGUAG